AUGAAAGUACUAUGGCUCUUGAUUGUCACACUUAUAGUGGCAAAUACGCAAUAAGACUCUUGCUACGAAGUAGAUCCAAAGGAUCCACCAAGAAAAAAAGAUAAAAUUUCUCUAAUUUAUCAUUCUGGAUGGACUGAAGAACUAGUUGUUGCCAAACCUAAGGGAAAUAGACCUUAACCAUAAGAGUAUAUGAAUUAAGAAUAUAUCGACUAACAUUUGAAGUAUUUCAGAUACGGGGCAUCAUUUAUCAUCACAACAGCAUGGUUGGAUAACAAUGGCAGAGAAUUUGUAGGAAAUAAAAAUGGUAUAUUUGUGAUACCUAAAUCCUAAAUGGAUUAACUCCUUAAAACAGCAAAUGGCAAUUUAUCAAUUGUGGAAAGAAAUCUUGGCGUCACUCCAGGAGGAUGGCAAAACAGAAGACUGAGUAGAAUUGAUGUUCCUUUCCCUGAGAAGUUUGGCGUUAGAAUGCCAACUGGAAAUGAGGUUGGUGCCAAUUAAUAUUGGAGACCUGGUGGAGUAUUGCCAAAUGGAUUAUUGGAGGCAGUAAUUGACAUGGUUCCAAAAAGUGAUUAUUAGGAAUUCUAAUUGAACCUAUAAUGAAAUGGCAACUGUAAUAUAUUUAAAA